AUGGGUAAAGGUGGAUUUGGAGAACGUGGUGGCCGUGGCGGUGGUGCCCGUGGUGGUUUCCGUGGCGGUCGUGGUGGUGGCCGUGGUGGUUUCGGUGGUGGUGGAUUCAAUCAAGGCCCUCCUGCUGAGGUUGUCCCCAUGGGUGCCUUUGUUCACGCUUGUGAGGGUGAGAUGGUUUGCAAAUCGAUCAACCCCAAGAUCCCCUACUUUAAUGCACCCAUUUUCCUCGAAAACAAAUCUCAAAUUGGCAAGGUUGAUGAAAUUUUAGGUCCCUUGAAUGAAGUGUAUUUUACUGUCAAGAUGCAAGAAGGCAUGAUUGCCAAGUCUUUCAAGGCUGAUGACAAGGUCUUUAUUGGUACCGACAAACUCUUGCCCCUUGAGCGUUUCUUGCCCAAGCCCAAGGUUGUUGGAAAAGUUGGUAAGCCUACUGGUCAACAAGGCCGUGGUGGUGCUGCUCGUGGUGGUCGUGGUGGAUCAUCUCGUGGAGGUGGCCGUGGUGGUUUUGGCGGCGGUCGUGGUGGAUCUCGCGGUGGCCGUGGUGGAUUCGGCGGUGAUCGUGGAGGUCGUGGAGGAUUUGGAGGUGGCCGUGGCGGUGGUCGCGGUGGAUUUGGUGGUGGCCGUGGUGGUCGCGGUGGCUAUUAG